AUGGCGCCAGUUGCAAAAAUAAUUUGCUUAUGCUGGUUAUUUAUCAUUUUAGGAAUAAGGCGUGUUGGAAGAAGACCUGAUCAACAACUUCAGGGUGAAGGGAAAAUAAUUGAUAGGAGACCAGAACGGCGACCACCUCGGGAAAGACGAUUUGAAAAGCCACUUGAAGAAAAGGGUGAAGGAGGAGAAUUUUCAGUUGAUAGACCGAUUAUUGACCGGCCUAUCCGAGGCCGUGGUGGUCUUGGAAGAGGUCGAGGAGGACGUGGACGCGGAAUGGGCCGAGGAGAUGGAUUCGACUCUCGUGGCAAACGUGAAUUUGAUAGGCAUAGUGGAAGUGAUAGAUCUGGCCUGAAGCACGAGGACAAACGUGGAGGUAGCGGAUCUCACAACUGGGGAACUGUCAAAGAUGAAUUAACAGAGUCCCCAAAAUACAUUCAGAAACAAAUAUCUUAUAAUUGCAGUGACUUGGAGCAACCAAAUGUGACUGAGGAAACACCAGAAGGUGAAGAACAUCCAGUUGCAGACACUGAAAAUAAGGAAAACGAAGUUGAAGAAGUAAAGGAAGAGGGUCCAAAAGAAAUGACUUUGGAUGAGUGGAAGGCUAUUCAAAAUAAGGACCGGGCAAAAGUAGAAUUUAAUAUACGAAAACCAAAUGAAGGUGCUGAUGGUCAGUGGAAGAAGGGAUUUGUUCUUCAUAAGUCAAAGAGUGAAGAGGCUCACGCUGAAGAUUCGGUUAUGGACCAUCAUUUCCGGAAGCCAGCAAAUGAUAUCACGUCUCAGCUGGAGAUCAAUUUUGGAGACCUUGGCCGCCCAGGACGUGGUGGCAGGGGAGGACGAGGUGGCCGUGGGCGUGGAGGACGUCCAAACCGAGGCAGCAGGACUGACAAGUCAAGUGCUUCUGCUCCUGAUGUAGAUGACCCAGAGGCAUUCCCAGCUCUGGCUUAACUGGAUGCCAUAAGAUAACCCUGGUUCCUUUGUGGACCCUACUUCUCUGAGGUUUUGCAUGCUUAAGGAUCCCAACCGUCUAAGAAAUUAAAAAAAAAAAAAAAAAAGACUGUCAUUCAUACCAUUCACACCUACAGACUGAAUUUUAUCUGUUUUGAAAAUGAACUUCUCUCGCUACACAGAAGUAACAAAUAUGGUAGUCAGUUUUGUAUUUAGAAAUGUAUUGGUAGCAGGGAUGUUUUCAUAAUUUUCAGAGAUUAUGCAUUACUUCAUGGAUAUUUUGUAUUGCUGCUUGCAAAUAUGCGUUUCCAAACUUGAAAUAUAGGUGUGAACAUGUGUACCAGUUUAAA